AUGGCACGUGUUGUAAAUUUACAAGCGGACAACAUUUCUCUCCAGUCCACCUAUCCCAGAAUUUUUGCAGACUGCGAUCCAACGUGCCGCGCGGCGAUACACACACCAAGCAGCUCCCAGUUAUGCCACCGCCAUGAGAGUGUACCAGUCCAGUGGCCUCACUCCUCAUUUGACCCCUUUCAUCUCAUCCUUGCCCGACUUCUCUUUCUCUUCUGUGAUGUCGUCUGUAUCUUUGCAGAUGAUGUUGGAGGUCUGGAAGCUGUUCGAUCUCUUCUGAUGAAAUGGGCAACCAUCGGAUCCGCAUCCACCUUGCCAGGCACCAUUCGCCCCCGCAUCAUCAUUGUCACUGGGAAGGAUAACGACAGCAUCACUCAGGCGCUGUUGAACGGGGUUGAUGACGAACCGUUUGUCUGGCAAGCUGCAAGAGCUACCUCAGCUGCUCCUGUGUUGUUUCCAUCCAUCGAUAUCCCCUCUGUUGGUAGUUUCCAGGACGGCGGUAUGAAACAGCGGCACAAUAACCCAAUUCGCUUAGGGCUGUCAGAAGUGCGGCGCCUGUGGCCGCGGACGCCAAAACCGCAUGUUGUAAUCUCCCUGGGUACGGGAACUGUCUCAAGGGUCCUGAAAACGUCGGAUUCACGCAACAUCCUUCUAGAUGGAUGGCUUCCUCGCAUUUAUCGCUCCUACAUGUCUUCGUUUGAUGGUGAGGAGACCUGGAAUGAACUUCAGGGUGAGCUUGAUGACCAAUCCCGCAAGAACUACUUCCGCUUCAACCACUCCUUCACAGGCGCACGGCCGUCGAUCGUUGACAUCAGUGCGAUGGAGAACAUCUCUCAAUCUAUUCAAAAGAAUCCGUCAGAAGCAGACAAGAUGGAAGAGGCCCUUUUGACUCUUCUUGCUUCAAGUCUCUUCUUUGAAUUGGACUCAAUUCCAGAGUUUCAAAAUGGCUUCUUUCUGUGCGUUGGGACUAUUAGAUGCUAUGAACCAGCUCGGCUUAUUAUCAGAGCAUUAUUGGCGCUCCGACCAGCUCACCACGAAUUUUACAAGGAUGACAUCAACCUGGGUCUCUAUAUAAGUGAGGAUGACAUAUGUGUGGAAUGUCAACGUUACUGCGGGCCUGUUCGAUUCGCUGUUCGGCAUCUCGAGGAGAAAAUUACCAUGACACUACGGUCUGAUGGCACUGCGUUGUUGCUAAACGGAUCUCCCAAUGCUAUUCAAUGGUAUAUAGAUGAACAAGGACUAGAUGGGGUCUUUGGUGCUUCUAACCACGGAGCACCCUUCCGAGUCCAAUGUGAUACAUGUGAGAGGAGAUUGAAUGGGAAGGAGAAGAAACGUAAAUACAUGUACACAAGAUAG